AUGGGUGGCCUGGCCUCGGCACCGGCGCGCAAGUCGGCGCGGGCCACACGAGCCAAGGCGGCGUCGCCGCUGGCCAGCAAGCCCGUGGACAGCGCGAGCUACGAGCGCAUUCUCAACCGACUACACGCGAUGAAGCAGCUCUUGCCGUUCAUGUCGGUGGAGCUGCCCACGUAUCAUGCGCCGCUGCUGCGCGUCAAGACAAUGUACGAGUACCUUGGGUGGCCGCUGUGCCAGCACCAAGCGCAGCAAGUCUUGGCCAACUACAAGGUGGCAGAGGGCCUCGCGAUCCGAUGA